GAAACGGUGCAAAACCCUCCGGAGCACAAGAGGGCGCGCUAAUUCGUUUUUGUUGACACUGUUUUUGCCGCGAGAUUCAUUUUGUUUUUACUCCUUAAAAUAAGUAAUCAUUUGGCUUCUUUUCUGGUUUAAAUAGCGGUACAAACUAUUCCUCCAUUCGCUCUAUUUAAUUAAUUUCUUCAUUUCGAAACGCCAUGUCCCUUGAUAAAGACGAGACGCACCAGAGGUUGAAGGCAGCAGUACAUUACACAGUGGGUCGUCUGUGUCUGAAGAUCGGACAGGAGCAAAGUAAAGAGUUCAGUCGACAAACCAUCGCAGCUAUAGCAGAGACUACUUUCAGACAAUGUGAAAACUUUGCCAGGGACUUGGAGGCAUUUGCCAGACAUGCAAAAAGAACCACUGUGUCUGCAGAUGAUGUCAAACUUGUGGCUCGUCGCAGCACAGCUCUAUCCAUGUACAUACAGAACAAAAGUGAAGAACUAAACCAGGAAAAGAAGAGCACUGGGAAGAGGAAAAGUAAAGACACCGAGGAGAGCAGAGACCAAGGACUAUAGGCACAAGCAGCCCUGAACACUUCACCUCAGAUCAACAUGUAAAUAAAAUACUUACACAAGAAAACUA